AUGGCGCAGGCUGAGGAUGCUCCCCCGUCCAGAGCGAGUCCCAGCAACGCUCCCUGGUGGCUGGUAUUAGGUAUUGCCAUGGUGCGGUUUUAUAUACAGAAAGGAACACAUAGAGGCUUAUUCAGAAGCGUUCAAAGGACGCUUAAAUUUUUCCAGACAUUUGCUUUGCUUGAGGUAGUCCACUGUGCAGUUGGAAUAGUUCGCACAUCUGUGCUUGUGACUGGGGUCCAAGUGAGUUCAAGAAUCUUCAUGGUGUGGUUCAUUGCACAUAGUAUAAAACAGAUCCAGAAUGAGGAGAGCGUUAUUCUUUUUCUGGUCGUAUGGACUGUGACAGAGAUUACUCGAUAUUCCUUCUACACAUUCAACCUGCUCAACCAUUUGCCAUACUUCAUUAAAUGGGCCAGAUACAACUUUUUUAUCAUUUUGUAUCCUGCUGGAGUUGCAGGUGAACUGCUAACCAUAUAUGCUGCUUUACCCUAUGUGAAGAAAACAGGAAUGUUUUCACUGAGACUUCCCAACAAGUACAAUGUCUCCUUUGACUACUAUUACUUCCUUAUUAUUGUAAUGUUCUCCUAUGUGCCAUUAUUUCCACAACUCUACUUCCACAUGCUGCGGCAGAGAAGAAGGGUGCUUCAUGGAGAAGUGAUUGUGGAAAAGGACGAUUGA